UGUUACACUACACUAGCCUGAGUCAGGCAUUGUUUUCCAAGCCACUAUCCCCGAUCGGGCCAACGCAGCCUUCAAGGGGGAAUGUGACCAGGAGAAUAGCCCGCUGAACCUUCCAAGAUGGACACCUUGUCUCUUUUUUUUUUUUUUUUUUUUUCUUUUCGUUUUGGUUUGUUUCCUUUCAUACUUUCCCAUGUUGUCCACUCUCUACUGUCUCUAUCUAGAAACUACAAGUUAUUGCUUAUCUCUAGCGUUGUGUUUAUAUUUGUUAUUUUGGUUUGUUGUUUUUUGAUUAUUGUCCAACCCCCACCCCCCUCUCUCUUUUCUGCUACAGCUGCAGCUUGUGUGUGAUUGAAUUCUGUCCAGGUUGCUACGGCAUACCGGUGGGAUGUGUUUCACACAUGGGAUGCUAAGAGGAUCACUAACACUUGUUACUCUCUUGUCUCCUACUGCUGUUGACGUAGUGAGGGGCUAGUCAUACUAAAAGUGAGACCCAGUAAUGAAAACUCUUUUGAACGUAGCAUCUUUUAAUCUUUACUGUGUGCACUUUUUUUUGUUUUUUUGUUGAUCUGUGCUGAGGUUUGUAGUGAAAACGCAAGAUUUGAGUGAGUUUCCCCUCACAAUACUACAACACAGCUCUGAUAUGGAUGUUAAGUAUGUUUACAAUAACACAAAUGUGAUCCAUUUAACAUAAUUUUCUUUCCCGUGACACAUGCAUUAAUGCUUUCCGUCAUUAUUUGUUUUUGAAAAGUGUGUCAGGAAACCUGGUAUUACAUACUCAGAGCCUCCAGCUGUAGUGAACUGCAUUUGUAGUUAUUUUUGUCUUAAUUCUAGCUACUCUUCUCCUGCAAAAGAAAGCAUCAGAUUAUAAUCCAGAGUGGAAUGAGCAAAAACUCCUAAUUCGUUGUUUUUUUUAACAGCUAAGUCUUGGCUAACAUUUCCUACAGUUCUUAAAAUUGUUGUUCUUUUCUGUAUCUGAUGUCCUGUGUGCUAUUAGUGAUGCAGCCAUUGGGGUUGUCUUGUGUUGCACACCUUUCCAACACUGCGAAAUGAUCGGUCCCCUCCCCCCACGGAAAAGCGCCCAUGCUUGAUAUCGUAUGGUUCAUGACCAAUAUGUUUCCAGUACAGGGAAGAUCCCAGAAGAGGCCAAGGCUUUGUCACUUUUGGCACCCGCCGCCCCAGUGCCCAGCCUGAUUCCUGGCGGGGGACUGCUACCUAUUCCAACUCCAGCUCCACUUCAAAAUCUGAACCUUCCCAUAGUGAAUCGGAUAUCACCUAGUGUCGAGCCCACAGCCUCAGCCCUCUCACAGCCGCCCCUCAUGGGAAAUGUAGAUCCCUCUAAAGUCGAUGAGAUCAGGAGGACGGUCUACGUCGGCAACUUAAACUCACAGACGACCACCGCAGAGCAGCUGUUGGAGUUCUUCAAGCAGGUGGGAGAUGUAAAGUUUGUGCGUAUGGCCGGAGACGAAACCCAGCCGACACGCUUCGCCUUCGUAGAGUUUGUUGAGCAAGACUCCGUAGCCAGAGCACUGACGUUCAACGGAGUCAUGUUCGGAGACAGACCCCUCAAGGUUAAUCAUUCCAACAACGCCAUAGUAAAACCUCCAGAGCUGACACCACAGGCUGCUGCUAAGGAGCUAGAAAGUGUGAUGAAGAGGGUGAGGGAAGCCCAGUCUACCAUUGCUGCUGCCAUAGAACCAGUAGCAAAGAAGCGUUCCUCCAGUCGAUCUAGAAGGUCACGGCGGUCACACUCGCGGUCACGUUCUGUUUCAAACUCAAAAACACGGAGGAAAAGGUCCCGUUCGAAACACAGACCGUCACAGAAGUCGUGGCCGAAGAGUGACUCCCACAGUUCCCGAAGUAACCACAAGAAGCGCUCGCGAUCCAGAGACAAGAGACACAGCCGCAGUCGAUCCAAGGGCCAUAAGAGGAGGAGUAAGGACAGGUCCAGGAGCCCUCGGAGGAAAGCCAGAUCACCCUCACCAAAAAAAAGUAAGAAAGACAAGAGGAGGGAACGCAGCAGGGAAAGAAGAGACUGCUCCGCAUUGAGGAAGAGGAGCCGCAAAGAUGAGGACAGGAUAAAGAAGAGCAAGGCCAAGCCACUAAAGGUAGAAAGGGACUACAACAGGGAAGAAAAGGACGACUACGAAAGCGACAGAGAAGCCUCGGCCACACCGAGCGAGGACAUGACGCCAUCGUCCUUCACCCAGCACAACGGCAGCUACAAACAUCACCACGAUGAAGACGCGUAUGUGGGCGCCAACAGCACCAAGUGACUAUUAACGACAACAUUGAAACGAUCCCCGUUCCAUCAGAUCUUCUCAAACACUCAGCGUGUGCGUAUACGUGCAUUAACACCAGAUAAACUCUUACAGUAGCGUGUUGUCUCCAUCAUCUCCGGUUGAACAACAUGAUUUUUUAGAUUUCAUGAUAAAAACAAAAAGUACAUUCUUGAUUACAUAGAUCCUGUAAUUCAACAUUUUGUUUCAUGAUCCAACCUGAAGGGCAAGUGAGCAUUGGGUACAGCAGUUUCUUGCCACUGCAGGUCAGAUAUAGAUAUAUACCAACAAUACAGUUUGUUACAAGGCUGUUUUAUUGCAUUUCAUAAUAUUAUACAGGUGCUAGUGUGUCCACCUCCUGUAUGUGUUCAUCACUUUAAGAACACAAAUCACUCUACUGUCUUUAUAUAGAUUUCAUUCUGCUUUUCGAUGUCAGUCAGAAACCAGCUGCACAGCUUCUCAAACUCAUUGUGUGUCACCACAUAAUCAUCUCUGUCUGCAUUCCCAAGACCUCCAGAGCUAUUUUAGAAAAGUUAUAACGGCAGUGCCGGUCUGAAGUCCCACAGGAAGGGCAGAGUUAGUACUCGUUUCCCCAGCACUUAGAUUUUUAACUGUAGGUUUGUGCCUGUCAAUUCCUCCAGAAAGACAUCUUUACCAAACACCUCCAUCGUUUAAAAUACCUCUAAGAUUCUCAGUAUUUAUAUCCUACUGUAGUAUGUGGCACCGAAUUUAAAAAAAAAAAAAAAUGUUAUCUCAAUAUAGCAAAAUGCAGGAACAACUGUAGUAUCAUAAAUAAUGCCUCAUCUGUUUGUGAGAUUGGAUUUUAAAAUGUUGGCUUUUGCCUUUGUUGCUAUCGUGGCUUCAAAUUUAAUUAUCAUUAUUAUGAAUUGUUGUGUCUAUAAAAUAGCUGUCAUAAUUUGUUAAAGUUCAUGUGACGUAUCUAAAUGUUUGUUUUUAUUUGACCAACCGUCCAAAAUUCAAAGAUAUUUAGUUUAUGAUCAUGUAUGACACAGAAAAGCUUUUAAAUCCUCAUAUUUGCGAAGCUACAACUAGCAAAGUUUUGCUAAAAAAAAAAAGACAAAAAACAAUUAUUUUGAUUGUCAAAAUAGUUCCAGAUUAAUUCUAAUUGAUUAAUCAACUAAUCAUUGCAGCUCUAGUUUCUAUGCAGGGUCUUCCCACC